AUGCAUGCACACACACACACACACACACACAACACACGCAUGCAUGCACCCACACACCAUACACACACUACUAAUGCCAUAUAAAUGCAUUUCCAGUAUACUGAUCCGUGUUUUUUUUUUUUUUUAGUUUUUUAAGAAAACUUAAUGAAAGAUUACUAUUUAUAUUGCGUCAAAGAAACCCAGAAUUUUGCUUAACACUGUAGAGAUAAGUUAACAUGGUGAGGAGUCGAGACGAGAAUACUGGAUGUCAUAGGAUACCAAUAAGCUGUGAGGGAAAAGAGAAAGAAUAUGGAGCCUGUGCAUUCAACCAUUCACCACUUUCCGGUGUGCUGGCAUUGAACAUGAAUGGAACAAAUUCACCAAUCUCAGCACUUACAGCACUGAAUGUGGAAGUAUGUAGCACUGCUGUAAAUACUGAGCAAGCAUUAUCUUUGCCAAAAGGUACAAAGGAAAAACAAACACAGAGAACAAAUACUAACCGGACGUAUCUGGGUGUCAGAGUAAGAAUGCCAGUAAAAGAUAUGCUCAGAGAUAUUCGCAUAGCCAAGGGCAUGGAUCCCAAAGAUAUACAGAAGAAAGAAAAGAAAGGAUCAAAAGGGGAUAAAAAACGAGCGAAUAUAAGUAGUGAUCGGAGAAAUAGGCUGAAAAAAUGGCAAACAAAGAGCUUGGAAGAGCUUGCCUUUAUAGUGGAGGUGUUGGAAGAAGACCUUAAGACUAGUACCUCCAGAGAGUCAAAUAACCACCUGCCCACUUUUGCCCCAGAGCUGGGAAACAAGUUCUGGUUUAAGAAUAUACCUCAGCAAGGGCAUCUGGAUGAGUCACCUCCAACUCCAAGUUGCUUUGCAGCUACUAAAAAUUCCCCUAUGGAGUCUGUGGGAAUCUAUGGCUCUGCUUAUAGCCAGGUUGAUUCUCUCUUCACAGACGCUGAGGUUAAAAACAGCAGUGGUGAGUUAGAUUACUAUAUACACAGAAGGCAGCAUGCAAUGACCUGCUCUCCAAGUGACAGCAAAGUGCAUGUCCCAUGCCCACAAGCAAUUCAUUUCAGCACUGAGAUGGACUGGUGGGGUUCACCACAUGAAAUAGGAAGUCCAUCAUAUUCACUCUCACUGCAGGAGCAGUGGAACAGCAUGACAUACUUCUGGAACCAAAUGGAAAGAGAGGCAAAUCUACUGAAUGAUAUCUCCAACCAAGAGCUGCUUACUCAGGAUGAGAAGGGAAGAACACUCCUUCACCGAGCUGUUGAUGAGGGGGAACGAUCUCUUGUGUAUGCUAUUGCCAGGCGGAUGGCAGAUCUAAACAAACUGGACAGCAAAGAUGCAGAGGGAAGGACUUCUCUUCACUUAGCUGCACAGAAGAAUCAGCACCUCAUGGUUGCUGAUUUAAUUUCCCUUGGUGCAAAUAUCAACGAAAGGGAUACAUAUGGAAAAACAUGCCUCCAUCACAGUGCAGAAAAUGGAUACAUUCGAGUUUUAGAGGUGCUGAAAAGCUACAUGAAAAAUGGAAUAUAUAUAGAUUUGGAUGCCAGAGAUGUGAAUGGGCUCAGUGCAUUGCAGCUUGCAUCAUUAGCUUUGAAGAGCAUAGUGGGCGAUUUGGAGAAGAGCGUGAAAGUGGGCCAGGCCAGUGUGCACUCCCUACGUAAAGAGCAGGUGAUGGAAUCUCUUAAGUGUCUCCUGCAGAUGGAAUGCAACCUACAGUGCCUGAAAUGAAGAAACUGAGCUUUGCUGCUUGUGACAUCUUGUUCUCCUUGUCAAGUGGUUUGUCCAGUUACACAACUACUUCAUGCAGGAAUGGCGGGUGUCUGUCAAACAAGGCAGUGCUGUUACCUGACGGUAAAAGUUUUUGGGUGAAUACAAGUUUUAACCAGCCACAGAAAAACAGGUAUUUUUUUUAGGUUUUAUCAUGGUAUGGUUAAAGCUAUGUAUUAUGCAACCAAAGGGAGUUAUUGUGACAAGGGGUCCUUUGAGUCCCUUUAGUUAUCUAAUAACAUAAAUGGUUGUGAGUCAGCUGGUUUCUGUGAAACUUCCACCGUUUGUUAUGUUAAAAUAGCAGAACAGUUUUAAAAAGUUAUAUGUAGUGACCAGUAAGUCUGUUAGUUUCCCCUUUUUUAGGUGAAAACCAAAAAUAUGUUCAUUUGUUUUCUACAGAAAUACAGAUCCUUAUUAAAGUGAAAAUAUAAGGUUAUUUGAAUAGUGGGAUAAUAAUAAUGUAUAAUGUUUUCAUAUUUUCACAUUGCUAAGUGCUACUUACACUUUUAGACACUAAUCAUCAAUUAAAUGUGUAAAGCCUUGCUUCAAGGCUAAAUAGUACAUAAUGAAUAAUACAUAAUCAAUCAAAUGCAUUUUGUCCUAUACUGAACUGUGUAAUUGAAAAAAAUUACAUAUAUCUAUAUAUUUAGAAUAGCAUUUAAACAUAUGAAUGAUGCUUUUGAAAAGUGUAUUUCUUUAUUUGGGGGGUUUGUGAAUUAUUACUUUGAAUGUUAGCUGAGUUUGAUGAGUAUCAUAUAGAGGUCAUUUGGUCAAAAUUAGUGACAUGGCUACUAUAGUGAUAAAUGACCUAACACAAGGUAAAUGAUGUGCCUCAGGUUACUCCAUAAUUCAGCUUUAUUUCUUGGUGUGUCCAAAAUUAUUACAAUGGCAUUCACUAUGUAAGCCCAUGUGUUAAACAGUUUUUUUUAAUUAAAUAUAUUUUUGUAUAUGUUUCUGAGUUAUUAAAUGUAAAAUGAUACAUUACAUAUCAGUGUCCACCUUAUUAGGAACACUUGUACACCUGCACAUUCAUGCAGUCACUUUAUCAGCCAACUUUAUUUAUUUUAUCAAGAACUUAGUUAAUGUUCACAUCAAACAUCAGAAUGGUGGAAAGUGUAAUCUUUUGGUACCAUACGGACAGGUUUGAGUAUUUCAGAAACUGCUGAUCUUUCACGUAUAAUAUUUUCACACACAAUACUUUCUAGAGUUUACACAGAAUGGUUACAAAAAUCUAUUGAGUUAGUCGCAGUUCUGUUGGUUUAAAUGCCUCGCUGAUAAGAGAGGUCAGAGGGGAAUGUCCAGAUUGGCUCGAGCUGCCAGGAAGGACACAGUAGCACAUAUAAUCAGUCUUUACAACCUUGGUGAGAAGAAAAGCAUCUUAGCAUGUACAGAACAUCACAUAUUGAAGUGGAUGAGCACACAUUGGGUUCAACUCCUGCCAGCUAUGAGCAGGAAUCUGCAGCUAUCAUGGGCACAGACUCACCCAAAUUGGACAGUUGAAAGUUACAGUGAAGUUAGAAAAAAAUAAUCUGGUCUUUUUCCAGUCUUCCACUAUACAGUUUCUGUGAAUCUGCAUUCAUAAUAGCCUCAGAUUCCUGUUCUUGGCUGACAAGAGUACAACCCCAAUUCCAAAAAUGUUGGGAUACUGUGUAAACUGGAAAUAAAAACAGAAUGCGAUAAUUUGCAAAUCAUGGAAACCCUGUAUUUCAUUGAAAAUAGUACAAAGACAACAUAUCACAUGUUGAAACUGAAAAUUUUUAUUGUUUUUUGGAAAAUAUAUGCUCAUUUUGAAUUUGAUGUCAGCAACACGUUUCAAAAAAGUUGGGACAGGAGCAUGUUUACCACUGUGUUGCAUCACCUCUACUUUUAACAACACUCUGUUAAUGUUUGGGAACUGAGGAGACCAAUUGCUGUAGUUUUGAAAGAGAAAUGUUGCCCCAUUCUCGCCUGAUAUACAAUUUCAGUUGCUCAACAGUUCGGGGUCUCCUUUGUCGUAUUUUGUGCCUCAUAAUGUGCCAGAUGUUUUCAGUGGAAGACAAGUCUGGACUGCAGGCAGGUCACUUUAGCACGUGGACUCUUUUACUACACUGCCAUGCAGUUUUAAUGUGUGCAGAAAGGAGUUUGGCAUUGUCUUGCUGAAAGAAGGAAGGCCUUCCCUGAAAAACGAUUUUGUCUGGAUGGCAGCAUAUUACUCUGAAACAUGUAUAUAUCAUUCAGCAUUAAUGAUAUGCCUUCCCAGAUGUACAAGCUACCCAUGUCAUGUGCACUAAUGCACCCUCAAACCAUCAUAGAUGUUGGCUUUUGAACUGUGCACUGAUAACAAGCCUGAUGGUCCCUCUCCUCCUUUAGCCUGGAGGAUGUGGUGUCCAUGAUUUCUAAAAAUAAUUUCUACUUUUGAGUCAUCAGACCUCAAGACAAUUUUCCACUUCACCUCAGUCCAUUAUAAAAGAGCUCGGGCCCAAAGAAGGUGGCGGUGUUUCUGGAUUUUGCUUAUAUAUGGUUUUCACUUGCAUUUGUGGAUGCAGUAAUGUAAUUCAGUGAAAUAUAGGGUUUCCAUGAUUUGCAAAUUAUUGCAUUCUGUUUUUAUUUACAUUUCACACAGUGCCCAAACUUUUUUGGAAUGAACUUGUAGAACUUGAUGUGGCCUCCUGUUGUUGGUGUUCUGACAUGCUUUUCUGCUCUCCUACCAUCCUCUGUAAACUCUAGAGACUGUUGUGUGUGAAAAUCCCAGGAGAUCAGCAGUUUCUGAAAUACUUAAACCAGCCCAUCUACAACCAAUAACCAUCCCAUUGUUGAAAGCACAACUUUAUUCAUCACACACUUGUGAAAUUUCCUCUCUGCAUUUAACCCAUCUGAAGCAGUGAACACACACAUGCACACAUGUGUGAGCAAUAAGCACACACACAUACCCAGAGCAGUGGGCAGCCAUGCUAACAGCGUCCAGGGAGCAGUUGGGAGUUAGGUGCCUCGCUCAAGGGCACCUCAGCCCAAGGCCGUCCCAUAUUAACCUAACCACAUGUCUUUGAAGUGUGGGGGAAACCAGAGCACCUGGAGGAAACCCAUGCAGACACGGAGAAAACAUGCAAACUCCACACAGGAAGGCCCCCACCAGCUGCUGGGCUCAAACUCAGAACCUUCUUGCUGUGAGGCGACCGUGCUAACCACUACACCACCGUGCCGCCCAAGAUCACAUUUUUCCCCUAUUCUAAUGUUUGGUGUGAACAUUAGCUGAAUCUCUUGACCUGUAUCUGCAUUGUGAUGUUGCCACAUGAUUGACUGAUUGGAUAACUGCACAAAUGAGUGGGUGUACAAGUGUUCCUUUUGAUGUGCACAAGUGACCUGUUACAAUGAAGUCAUCUUCAGUCAGCGCUUUAUCCUGGUGAGGAUCAUAGUGAACACAAAGCCUACUCCAGGAAAACUAGGCAUGAGUCAGGAUGGGACAUCAAUCCAUCACAUGCACACAUGUCUUCACACCAAUGGCAAUUUUGUCAAACCACAUAUACCGGUACAUUAUGGUGUUGAGGUUUAUUUAUGAUAGAAUAUUUUUAUUUAUGAUACAGAAAAGGGAUCUUCAAAGGUUAUUUGGAUAGUUAAUGGUGCUUUACUUUCUGGUUCUUUAAAGGGGUUCUUCUCACUUAUUGCUGUAAGGGUCUAUAUGGAACCUUUAAGGGUUCCCCCAGACACAGGUUCCCAACUCUAAUCCUAGAGUCCUGCAUUUUUUCCCUCUAUUCUACACACUCACUUCAUCUCAGGAAUGACUUUUAAGUGAAUUUGUUAGCUCCUGUUACUGGUUUGAAUCAGGUGGGUUGGGACCAGGGAAAACAUUAAAAUGUGUAGGACUAGUUUUGGAAGCCUGUGCCCAAGAAGGACGAAUUGAAGAACCCCUAAGUGUUUUAGAAAUUUUUUUUUGUCUAAGAUUAUAGCAAUAUUAAUUUAGUUAACUGAAAUAUAGUUAUGUUAAACUGUUCUCUGAUUCGAGAGGUUCUAAAAUGUUAUUUGAAUUGUGGGUUAUGCAUGAGUUUGUUUUGAAAUCAUACAUUAUAAAUGUAUUUAGGUUUUUUAUGCUCACAUUAAAAAUUAAACAAAUAUUAAUAUAUUAAUCAAAUAUGUACUUAUCAGUAAUUUAACAGAGGUGCUAUUGUUGGUUCUGAGGUGUGGGGGGUUUCUUUUUAGUAUAAUUUGGGAAAUAAUUUUUCUUAUUUGAACUGUCAUCAGUCUUGGUGAUUGGAUGAAAUUGUAAUAGAUUUGUUGUUGUGUAGUGUAGAAUGUGCUAUUAAUUCAUUGUCAUAUGUAUGCUUUGCCUUCCAAAAUGUAAUAAAAUAUGACAAAGCACAUUUAA